AUGGACGGCAGGCUUAUCGCUAGACACGCAUCAUCUAGUCCGCAGUCAUCUUGGCUAGUCUAUACUUUAUCGUCCCAUACCCUCGUCCGUAUCGGCCCAGACAUAGCCGUGGCCAUCCAGAGAGUCGUGGCUGCUCUCGAGACCGUCCUCCACCUGGGGCCACAAGUCCAUCACUUUGCAACGACAUACAGCCUGAGUCACAUCACAAUCAUACUCAGAACCGACAUUCCGGACGGUGGUGCUGGGGUCGUUGACAUUACUCUUUUACGUCUACGACUAGUCCGAGGUGAUUUGGUAGCGACUGAGUUUCAUGACAGUUCGCUGUGUCGGCGCAUUGCGGAUCAACUCCAGAGCAUCCAGAAGUAUCAACCAGGCAUUGAGGUGCCCUUCCGCUGUGUCGAGGAUUGGAUGGGCUAUGGAAUCAUGCAACAUCAAAUCUACGACAAAAUGCUCUUGGCCAGCAAAACCCCAGCGGCAUGGAGCGAAUUCAAAAAAGGGUUCGUUAAAUUUGAGAAUAAAAGAGUUUCUUUAAAGUAG